GAAAAUCGUGAAAUUGAAGAUCCCGAUUUAUUUGAGGGAGACAUGCGUCUUACGCCUUUGCAGCGUGGCUAUGCCAUGAUGGGACUGGACGUUUUUGCAUCUAACAGACAAGGAGCUUCAAUUAGAAGUCCACUCUGGCCUGGCGGAGUUUUGAUCUACGAAAUUUCACCAACACUAGGUAGGCCUUUUUAAUAAUUCAAUGACAUUACGUCAUGUAAGUGCCACAAUAACCAACCAAGCAAUGUUUUUUUUUUUCUGCGAUAAUACUAAAAUAUAAUUAUUUUUUUAAUACUACUUUUCCUUUAGCUAACCGUCCUGAAGCAAUGGCAUCCGUUUUGGCGGGAAUGGAUGAAUGGCGCAGCAAGACAUGCAUUCGCUUUAGAAAACGAACAACUGAGACGGAUUACACCUAUUUUACAUUUGGCUCGGGGUAAGAAACGUUUUUUUUCUAUUUUUGUCUCUUAUGUUUUCUAAAUUUCAGACAUUGUAUGUAAGAAUAUCUGAAAACAGUUUCUAAUAAAACUGUGAAAGGUUUGAACCCAGGAGUCAUUUCAAAAAUAGGUUGAGUUUGAGCGUCCGGGUGAACGUAGUCCUGAAUAGGACCGUUGUUGUUGACAGUGACUGACGUUUCGACAACCUGUGCGGUAGUCAUCUUCAUAGUCAAAGUGAGUUGUAUCUCGUCAUUUAAUGGAGUAAUACUCUGGUUAUUGAUCUAUUUGGUCAAUUACGUCGCGAUGUUAUUGGUAGUCUGUCAGUUAAGCCGUGAUGUUAUUGGAUAUGAAGACUCGUAAUCAGUAAUGGUGCGUUUCGGUCCGUCGUCGUCUAUUGUUAGUGAAAUUGUCAGUUCUCCAGUCGUUCUCUCCUGGUUAGUUUUGCUUGAUCUCGUCAAUAAGUCGUUUGUACGACGCUGGUAACUGUUGGCUACGAUUCAGUGGCGUUUGCUCUAAGUUAGUAAAGGAUAUUUCUAAAGUAAGACGUUGAUAGUAGUCUGUAGAAUACGUUAAACUUGUCGCAAAGUCCCAGUCAAUUUGAUGUUUCGUCUGUAAAUGGUGCUCAGCAAUGUGAUUGUUGACGUCACCAUUCCUCGUCGCUAGUUUGUGUUCGGUCAGUCGCGUGCUAAGGUUUCUGCCGGUUUCACCAAUGUAAGAAGCCUGGCAGUCGCAGCAUUUGAUCUUGUAUAUUGCUCCCUGUCUGUCCUCCGGACAGACGACCAAUAACAUCGCGACGUAAUUGCCUCUGAAGAUACCUACCGCACAGGUUGUGUCGAAACGUCAGUCACUGUCAACAACAACAGUCCUAUUCAGGACUACGUUCACCUGGACUAUCAAACUCAACCCACUUUUAAAGUGUUUAAUAAUAAUUGAAGUAUUUUUUCCCUUUUGUCCAUUUAUUUUUUCUUUCUUGCUUUCUAUUUCACCUGCUUGAUUUUUUUUUUCUAUAUAAAAAAACAACAACAACAACAACAACAACAAACAGAACACACACACACGCACACACACAAAAACAUUUGACUUGUAGAUGAUCGUGAUUGGUAUAAUACCAAUUUCUUACCAUGACUAUAAUUUUACUUCAUAUUUUUAUUCAGCUGUUCAUCUUGGGUUGGUAAAAUAGGAUCACGUCAGGACAUUACUCUGGGUUUUGGCUGCUGGACGAGGGGCAUUGUCGCUCACGAAAUCGGUAAUUAUUUGGUUAUUUUGUUUAAUCACUUUCUGGUGAAGUAGCAGCGAUAAAGGAUUGCUUUAGCAAAAUGUAUUAAAGGUUCCUUUUUUGGAAUUGCCCACUAAUAAGCUAUUGUGGGUGAUCACUCAAGCAGAUCAUUGCAUUGUUCUGUAUACCCAAAUGCCCAGUGCCCAAUUGCCAAUGACCAAUUGCCAAAGGAACCUUUUAUGAUUAAGCUGUAUGCUUAAGUACCUAUUAACAACAGAAAAAAAAAAAAUACUCACGGCCGUAAAGUGCUCAAGUGGAUCUUUUCAUGCUUUGGGGAAUCCAGAACAGGACAUAUUGAGCGUUUUCACUCACGUGGCUAGCAUCUAUGAUAAUUUAUUGGAACAAAAAAAUCAAAUCAUUUACAUGAGAAAAGAGUUCAACUCCCAGAGGAUUUUUUGGGUUAACCAACAUGGCUGCCGUUUCAUUGUUUUGAAACACCAAUAUGGCCGCCGUGACGUCAUCUGAAAACGCUCUAUACAACCAAAUGAAUUUGGACAAUUUCCAAGCCACACAGAUAAUCUAAGGAUUUUUUUUUCGAACACAAACAACAAAACAAGCUAACUGCAACGGCUAAAUUCUCAUCUCUGUACUGUGAUGUCUGAUCGUUUGGGAUGAUUUUCAAGACAGCCGCCAAAGAAAUAGACCUAUUUAGCGUGAAUGUUUUGUUUUCCCAAUAGAGGUCCAAAGGAAACUUGACCCUUUGUCUUUUCAUAAAUUAUGCGUAGAAAACAAAACAUAGAUUGAAGCUAAAAGGGUCUAUUUAGCUCCUCCUUCUUUUGCUGUUUCCAACAGCCAAUCAGAUUAUGUCACAGUGUUUCAAUACACAAUCAGCGCAGCGGCAAAAAUCUGACAGCUGAUCCUACCUAGGGUCUAGGGUGUAGGAAUCAUCCAUCGAGGUGAAUUUAUAAAAUAAUAUAUAUCCUUUUUUGCAGGACAUGCUUUAGGUUAUUACCACGAACAAUCUCGUCCUGACCGAGACCAAUAUGUCACCAUUUUGAAAGACAACAUACUACCUGGUAAGUACGAAAAUUCCUCAGAUGGAUAAUGAUGACGAGGAUGAGAUGAUAUGAUGAUGAUGAUGAUGAUGAUGAUGAUGAUGAUGAUGAUGAAAAUGAUCGUCGUGAAAACUAUUAUUGACAAUUUAUUAUUAAUUCCUCGUAGUACCGUUUCAUGUUGGUAUACCAAUUUCACGGCAAAUCAAUGAUAUUCUUUUAGAAAACUUGCUGCUUUAUUUUGUAAAUCAUUUUCUUAUGCUAACUGGUAUUACAGUAUUAGCCUUAUUUCCAUAAGCAAAAGACUGAAGGAAUUCUGUAUCAAAAUAAGGUCAACAUCAGCCUCGCGUUCAAUAAAAGACUAGCUAGUUUUUUUGUCUAUUCUGUUCAAAUUGUUCCCUUCUAGCACAGGCCCUUUUUUUCCUGGUACUUGGCCAGGAGGAAGGAAAACAGACUCAAGAAACGGUCAAUAAACACUACAAGGAACAUGCGUUUUGUGCAAAGCACCGUGGACGAGCGUGGACGGCGGCUUCAUCGUUGUCUGUUUCAGAGGUCUCUUUUCCUCCUUCCCGCCGAAUAGCAGGAAAAAGAGGUCUCUGUUUGCAGGGAAUUUAAAUUAUCUCCUAAAGUUUUUUUUUUUUUUUUUUUUUUUUUAUCUUUAAUAACAUUUAUUCAAUCCACAAUCAACAAUAAAAAAAAAAAAACUUACAAACACUACGAUACUUACACUACUUACAAUACAAUAUUUAGAAUACAAUAGACUAAGGUACUUACUCUGUUCACAAUGUAAAGACUUACAAUACUCAGUACUUACAACACUACCUACUCACUACUCACACUACAAUGCACUAUUUACAAGCAGUUCUAAUUAGUAAUUGUACUUCAAAACCAACAUUUACAAAACCAAACAUUCACGGUAAACGCACUUAUAUCUUAAGUGUCUUAAAGAGGCAGCGAUUGUGAAGCAAAAGAUACACCAGGUUAAUGCUGGAGAAAAUGAGCAGAGGAUCGAGAUAUACAAAUGUAUACAAAAUCAAAGGCUUACUGAAAUAAGGAGUUCACAUUUUCCCAUUUUUUUGGUAAAAUGGGACCUGCAGUGGUCUCUAUGUGGUAGAAUGAUUUGAGGUAUUGCAGGAAGCCUGCUAUCUUUGGCGAGGUUUCCCUUCUUUUGCUAAUCCAGAUGUAAUUUCUGGCUAGAAGGAAAAGGAAAUUAAUUUGCUGGCAGUUUUUUGAAGAAUCCGGCUUUAGACCAAGUACAACAAAUAUAUCUAAUGUGUAAUGUUCCGGUGUAAUGUGGAGCAAAGUCAGCUUAAGAGAUAAACUAUGCCAGAAAAAGGCCACUUUAGGACAAGACCAAAAAAGAUGAAGAAGUUUCUCCGGUGCAUUAUUACAAAAAGAACAAUUUGGGUUGUCUUUUACGCCAAUUUUUGUUAAGAAGUCGUUCGUUGAUAUUCGUCUAUGUAAAAAUUUAUAUUGGAAUUCAUUAAUUCUUGUACUUUUAGUAUAUUUAGCGGCCAACUGGUAGGCUUCCCGCCAAUUAAUCGCCUCCACAUCUUUUUCGUUGCAGUCUUUUAGCCAUUUCUGUUGAUUAUGGGAUGGUAACUUGCAUUUUGUAGAAAGCAACUUGGUGUAUACAAGUUUGCUCGCACUUUGGCAUUCUGUUAAUCUUACUACAAAGGUUUCAUAAUUGUUGCAGUUUUUGAUACAGUUUGUUUUACAUGUAGUCCAAAGAGAUUUUAGAGCAGACACUAGUCUGAAAUACUUUAAAAGACAAACUUUGAGGCUGUAUUUUUGCUGCAGCUCAGCUAGUGAUAAAAAUUUGUUAUGUUCAUCUUUCAAAUGUUUCACUUUCGUAACGCCUCGAUCAAACCAUUCACGAUAGAAGACGGGGCAGUUAUCGAUUCUAAUGAGUGAGUUGUGCCAUAAAGUUUGUUCAAGAAAUUGUUUCUCCUAAAGUUGAAAAAGGGGCUGUCGUCAAUAAAGCAAAUCAAAAAUAGGAGUACGGACAAGCAAGUCUACUUUGACAGCUUAAAAGGUGUACUACGUACUCAUACCACUUCCAACGUAAGGCCUUUAUUCAUUUAUAAUUUGUUUAUUAUUACUUAUUUAUCCUUUUACUUAUUUUCAUUUAACAGCUCGUUCAAUAAAUUGUGAUUGAAACUUUUUUCUUUCAGGGAGAGAACACAACUUUAUGAAAUUCGGCAAUUCACUAAUUGAUUCGCUUGGAACACCUUACGAUUACCGCAGUGUAAUGCAUUACUCACAGAACGCAUUCUCUAAGAACGGAUUACCCACAAUAUUGGUUAAACAGGAAGGGGUAUGUGUACGGUACAUUAUAAGAUUAUUUACAUAUCACUAGAACAAUCUCCAUACCAUUACUUUUUGUUUUCAAAAUCGAGCUAGCGGUUACCUGAUGUCAAGACAUCACUGUUCACUAACAAUAUUUUUCUUAUUCAAAUUUGUAACGAGUGAAACAAAAGAUUCUUUCGUUCCAGGAACCAAUGUGCUUGUAGUUGGUCCAUUAAAAUAUAUAAAGGUAACGUCUUCGUGAGUAUCGAUAUUUCUGUGGUCGAUGAUCAGAAAUCUAUCUUCGAGGUAAUAUUUGGUGUGAUAGCGGACUUUGCAUUCCUUACUUGUGUGCACACACAGUUAAAAUUAAAACGUAUUCAAUGCAUUGAUGAUCGAUAGUUUUUAUGCAAAUAGUUUUAUUUUGUCAUUGCGAGCCUUGAAUAAGUCUCUUUGUUUAGAGGAAUGCGGAAACGGUCUAUAGGCCAGUUUCGAAGAUCUCGGCCAUAUUUCAUACUUAUCGUAGAUUUCUUCACGCGAUUUCGAGUUAAUAAUACCUACAUUGGUGGAUAAAUCUUUACACAAAGUGCACCUUGCGAAAUCUUGGUAUGAACUUUUGAAAACUGCAAACAAAAGACCACGAAAUCGACAUAAAAUCACACUAAACUAAAAUGCACAAAAACCGAUUAAGUUAAUUGUUGGCUUCACACUAGAAGCGAAGUUGGUUCAAGUAAGCACUUGAUUUAAGUGCACUUGGAAAUCCUCAGUCGCUGUGUAGAAAACAUGGCUUCACACUGCUUGACAAAAUAUAUCACUUGAUGUAAAAACUGUCAAUCUCCCCGUUCAUUAGAAUCAUGGAACCGCUGCAAGUGUAAAUCGUGCACAUCCCUACCAUUUUGUUAUUGUUCAAGUGUGUUCUCAGUGUGGUGUAGCCCAUACUUGGCGGCAAACAUCGGCUUCCUCGAACUACGAACGUUUCCAUGGUCACCAAGUAAAGUUGAAGUGGGUUCAAAGUACACUUAAUUAUAUAAAGUUCUAAUGUGAAGACAAAAAGUAUCCUACUUUCUAACUAACUCUUUGGCCUUAAAACACGGAAGGACUCCCGCGAUACAGCCCUUGAUCGACGGGGCCGUAUCUAUACUCAUGGUCUUAAAUAACGGAGCUAUGAAGGUACAGUAGCCCUUGCCCUUCAAACCGCUAGACCUUUGCUGGCUCAAACGACCAUGUAAAUAAUAGCUGCCCCGUUUCCCGAAGGAGAUGCAAGAAAAGUGUCCUUAAUAUGUACUUUCGUGCUAAAUACACUCAAAUAUACAUUGAAAUAUAGUGUGAAUUAAGCAGGUUACUGUUUACUGUUUACUGUUUAGAAUAAUACAAUUAUAAUUAAGAUUUGUCAGUAAACGGAAUUAAUUUACGCCGAGAGUAUCCACCAACUUAGGUAAGAUGUCCUUUAAAUUAUCCACUCUAAAAAUCUGGGAGACUGUUUUUUUGGCCUCAAGUGUUUGCCAUAUCAUAAGUUUAAGAAAGAAUGAAAGUUCGCUAUCUUCUAAUCAAUCAAAUCUGAUCUUAGCCUUGCUUGUAUGUUCUAUCACUGAUACUAUCUGAGAUUAUAUUUCCUCUCUUGCUGAUGCCGAUUAUCUAAACAUGACCCGCGGUGUCCAACAAGAAAGCUCUUGCUCUUGGACACUGUACACGGAUGAACUUAAUGUCUUUUAGCUUAACGAUUAUUUAUCAGCUACUUAUGUUCUCUUACUUACGUACACGAGUGUAAAUUCCUCAGUAUAUAGUGUGAGAAAGAAAGAAAGAAAGAAAGAAAGAAAGAAAGAAAGUAGUUUCACGUAAAUUUGAUUCUUUUCUAGCCAUUUCGUUACAAGAAAAUUUCCAGAUUGACUCCCUUCUUAACUUUCCGCUUAAUAUUAAUGUUAAAAAGCCAAAACGGAAACAAACACAAACAAAAUUUUAUCUAGUUCCAGAAAAUCAUUGGACAGCGAGAUGGCUUAAGUGCCAGAGAUGCAGAUCAGGCAAACAAACUGUACAAACAAUGUGGUAUG